AUGAAAAGAAGUUGUCAGUUAGCUGUAGAAUUACAAGAGGGGGUUUCAAUGGAUUUGAAUUUUCGGAGGGGGACAGAGUUAAUUACAGAGAGAUGUUAUUAUGUUUUAUAUGAGGGUUCUAAACAGCGCCACCUGACAACAGCCAAGUUACUGACACCGCAUAAACUACAAUCUGUUAUACCUGGACACCUAAUUGUGGAGGAAGUUAAAUUAACUGUUGUGGAAUUUCAUGAUGAAAAAUCAACUAACCUAGUGACUAGUGCUUUUACAUUUAACAGCGACAGUGCUUUAUAUUUGUCACAGUUUCUCAUAGACAGUGUGAUUAGUUCAGAUUCACUUGAUGAUUUGGAGUUAAUCAAGGGAGACAAUUUUAACGUGGCAGAUGAAGAGUUGUCUUCCUUAGAUAAUAGACUUAGCAGGGCAUUGACUUACGGCAGUUUUCCAGAUUGGUGGUCAUUGCUUGGAUCAGAUUCUGAAAACGAUACUCCACCACCCAGAGAAUCUCUUCUGCAUUUUACUGCCAGACUGGGUCUUGCCAAAGUAGCAACAUUUCUUCUCCGAAAACCGGGCAGCAAGCAGUGUCUCAAAUUACACAAUAAGAACGGACAAUUACCAAAAGAUGUUGCCAUAGAGAAUGGAUUUGAUGGUCUAGCAGAAUUACUUUCUGAAUACAAUAUACACAGUUUAAUGCCAGUAGGACGUUGGUUGGUAACAGAUGAUGGUGUUAUACAGACUCAAGAUACCGGUGAUGUGACCUUGACCUCAAAUAUUGAUACUCAUAAAAGAACUAUUGAGGAAGACAUUAUAGUGUUACAAGGUGUACAGAAACAACUAGAGAACGAAGAUCAUAGUAUAUCUAGACAGUGGCAGACUGACUGGCCAGCUGACCAUUAUAAUUCUGACACAAAUGUCAAUGAUGAGGAUACAGCAGAUCAAAAAUUUAAAACAAUUUGUGAAAAAGUCCAAGAGCUUCCAAAUGUAUUAACUCUAGAAACGAUCAAUGAUUACCGAGACUCAAAUGACACAUAUACAGAUCCAAAUAUAGAUGAUAACCAUGGUAACGACAACGUUGAUAUGAACGAGGAUUCUGAUGUUGCAAUGGAAACAGAAACUUUACCAAAGUUACAUGUGUCAGAGGGGGAGGAAGACGAUGAAGGAAUUAUGGAUCUCAAAGUAGAUUACCUGAAAAGAAAGUAUACAAAAAAGUGUAGAAGGACGCUUUCAGCACUAAGGGGUUACAACCCGAAACAUUUGUUGAAGGAUUAG